CUCAGUGAAGGCAGAGAGGGAAAGCACCAAUCUCCACAGCAUAGGCAGUUGCACCCGAGGCAGCUACUUUUAUUAUUUGCUGAGCACCUGAUUGUGUCACUAAAGCAUGCUCUCUCUCUCUCUCUCUCUCUCUCUCUCUCUCUCUCUCUCUCUCUCUCUCUCUCUCUCUCUCUCUCUCUCUCUCUCUGUGCUGAGAGUGACUGCUUGUAAAUUAAAGGAGAAAAUAAUGCAAUCAUUGUGAUCUCUCCUUCCACUGGAAAGUGUGCCCACAAUGAUUGUGCCUUAUUCACCUGCCUUUUCUGCCUACCCCUAGUUCCAGCCCUGCACAGAUGCCAUCACUAGUGCAGAGAAGGAAUUAAGUGUGAGCUCACGAGGGGCUCCGAGGCUGAUGCCCCCCCAUUGGUGGGAAAAGGAGAGAGUGACAUCUCUUUAUCUCCAGGGUGUGGGCAUGGGGAGGAACUCAGCACUGGAGAAGCCUGAUUGCCACACUGUCCUGGAAGUGAUCUAAAAGUAGUCUGAGAAGCCUGAUUUUGUUCUCUAACAUGAGAUAAGUGUCAGCAGACUGCUCAUUGUUCCUCACCAUGAUGACUUGGAGCAACCCACUGUGAAGUCUCUGUGCAGAUGCCACCCAGCAACACGCCAUGGCAAAGAUCCGAGUAGCUCACGAGUACUCAGAAGCCGAAGACAAAAGCAUUCGCUUGGGUUUAUUUCUCAUCCUCUCCGGUAUCAUCUCUCUCUUUAUCCUGGGCUUCUGCUGGCUGCACCCGGCUCUGCUGGAGAUGCAGGGCAAGACUGCGAACUGCACGGUACUGUCUGUGCAGCAGAUCGGGGAGAUGUUUGAGUGCACCUUUAGCUGUGGGACUGACUGUAAGGGCAUCUCUUUGUACCCCUGCCUGCAGAUCUAUGUCAAUAAUUCUGAGUCCAAUUCCAGGGCUCUGCUGCAUCAGGACGAGCGGCAACUCAUCAACAAUCCCAAGUGUUCAUAUAUUCCUCCCUGUGAGAGAGAAAACCAGAAGAACUCUGAAAACGUUCUCAGCUGGCAAGAAUACUGGAAUAAUGAAAUUGGAUUCCAAACCUUUACUUGCUUUUUUAAUAAGCACAGAAGGCCAGAAGAUGUGCUUCUGAGAAGAACCCAUGAUGAAAGUGUUCUCAUGCAUUGCUUUCUGUGGCCAAUAGUUACUUUUGUGGUGGGUGUGCUAAUUGUGGUUCUCACCAUCUGUGCAAAAUGCCUUGCUGUAAAAGCAGAAGCUAUUCAGAAGAAAAAGUUUUCAUAAACAAAAAAAGACUGAUGAAGCAGCAUUACAAGCCAAUACCCAGUAAUACUUAUAGUACUCUUCUUGCCUUUCCAUCACUGUUUAAUGUACUUGGAUAUCAGAGGAUGACAGUUGCAUUCAUUACCAUAUUCCAUAGACUCUGGGACUGUGAUUUCCUUUGGGAAGGGAGCCCAGGGAAGGUCAAAAAUAUCUAAGGAGA